AUGGAACCCAAUGGAGCCGCCUAUCGAGGAUACAGUCCGACUUCUCAAUCCACGUACUUGGGCCCUCGGAUCCCUCAUGCUAUGCAAAGUCUUGGAAGAUGGAUGCAACCUUCCGUCGGACACAGUUUGUAGCUGGAGAGACACAGGCGAUACUUACUACCUCCAGCGACGCGACGAUGUAAAGGACGACAUAACGACUGGAGGAGAUCCCACAGCAGGAAGGUUAGCCAAUUCAAAGUUUCAUAGAGCUAACUGGAAUCUGGGGCAAGACACAUUUUGCAAAGCCAAGGUUUGGGUGGAAGGAUUGACUACAGAAGCAGACACCAUCAAAUGGGUCAAUAAGCAUAUUCCCUCACUGCCGACGCCAGAAAUCAUUUACACCUGGACGGAUGUAAAAUUGUGUCGGACGAUUACGCUAACUAAGCGCGUUUCAGGAAAGCUACUCCGUGACGCAUGGAUCGAUCUGGACUGCUCACAGCAACACCACCUUGCUGACCAGAUCGCUAAUCACCUCAAGUUGCUCUCGGUCUGGGAGUCGGAAUACAUUGAAACCGUUCUACACGCGGGAUUUCCUUGCUCAUGUGGAGAAGCGUGGUCGCUUAGAGAGCGCGAAGCGCUUCCUGCUGUAAUACCUCGUCUUGAGCCGCGAGUCCCUAGAGAGGAGUAUGAGAAGUUUGUCACGAGACGAAAUGCCCAUCUAGGUAUUACAGUAUCGCCCCCAGAUUUUGGAGAGCCGCUAAUUCUGCAACAUCUCCAAUGCACUCCACAAGAUGUGUUUGUAGAGAUGCCGACCGCGGAAGGAGAGAUGCCCAAGGUGACGGCCAUUUUUGGAUGGAGUCACGUUGCAUACUUUCCAAAAUACAAAGUGGCUACUAAUCCUCGUGAGUCCGGAUACUUUGGGGCCCUUGCACAUCGCAAAUUCAGAAUUGGUGAUGAUCAUUGGCGGUGGAUGCUGUCAAACGCAUGUGUCCGUCUCGGCUUCCCUUUAGCCUUCGAAUAUGCCAAAGCCCAUUCGAGAGUCGAGCACAAGGACUAUGUGGGGAUCCCAAUAGAAUAUUUGGUAUCGCACGACCACUUAGUCCAAGAUGAAGAUCAUGUGGAUAUCGAGUAGUGGUACCCACGACAGGGAUGACAUCAACAUCGACAAUUUUUCGAUAAACUUUGAAAAACCAAGCCUCCAAAAGGAAAUCGGCAAUGAAACCAACCUCAAACUAGAUAAAAAAAAUCAAAGCCAAACGAAGUGAAUUUUUUUG